AUGACAGGUGAGCUUAUUGAACCACUCUUCAAACACCAUGUCAUUCGGCACGUCGAGUUGCAUGUAUCGAUUCAUGCGGAUGUCCCAGAUGAAGACCGUCCGCAUGCGGUAGAGACGAAGAGUUCCGUUUGGUUGGUGUUCACAGCCAUGCUCAGAACAUGUGUUUUCAGAGAAAGAGCACAGACUACAAUCAUUCUGCCACUUCUCAUUUCCCAAAGCCGACAAGUUCCUUCCUCUCCUCCGGUGUACAUCCAUCGUCCAUUUUUCUGA